GUUCACUUUUGCUCGGGUGUCAGCGCGCGGCGGCUGCAGCGGGCGCUGGCGAGGGAGCACCGCGGGGGCGAGUCGCCCAGCUCGGAGCGGCCAGGCGAGGGCAGCGAGAGGCGGGAUCCGAGCGCGCCGGCGGGGGCGCGGAGCCCUCCAGCCUGGCCAGCGAGGGGAGCCGCGGGGGGCGCGCCCCGGGAGGGCCCCCGGAGUCACGCAGGAUGCCCCACGAAGAGCUGCCGAACCUGCAGAGACCCCGCUAUGGCUCGAUUGUGGAUGAUGAAAGGCUGUCUGCAGAGGAGAUGGAUGAGAGGAGACGGCAGAACAUUGCUUAUGAAUAUUUGUGCCACCUGGAGGAAGCCAAGAGGUGGAUGGAAGUCUGCUUGGUUGAAGAAUUGCCACCAACCACUGAAUUGGAAGAAGGACUCCGGAAUGGAGUUUACCUUGCAAAGUUAGCCAAGUUCUUUGCCCCAAAAAUGGUAUCAGAGAAAAAGAUCUACGACGUGGAGCAAACGCGCUAUAAGAAGUCUGGCCUUCAUUUUCGACACACAGAUAAUACUGUCCAGUGGCUAAGAGCCAUGGAAUCCAUCGGUCUACCCAAGAUCUUUUAUCCAGAAACAACAGAUGUCUAUGAUCGGAAAAACAUACCAAGAAUGAUAUAUUGCAUUCACGCACUGAGUUUAUAUCUGUUCAAAUUAGGAAUCGCACCCCAGAUCCAGGAUUUGCUGGGGAAAGUGGACUUCACAGAGGAGGAAAUCAGUAAUAUGAGAAAAGAACUGGAGAAAUACGGAAUACAGAUGCCAUCUUUCAGCAAGAUAGGUGGUAUUCUGGCCAAUGAGCUGUCUGUGGACGAAGCAGCAUUACAUGCUGCAGUUAUAGCCAUCAAUGAAGCUAUUGAAAAAGGAGUAGCAGAGCAGACCAUUGUAACGCUAAGAAACCCAAAUGCAGUUUUAACUUUAGUGGAUGACAACCUUGCACAGGAAUAUCAGAAAGAACUCUGGGAAGCCAAAAAGAAAAAAGAAGAAAAUGCAAGGCUAAAGAAUAGCUGUAUUUCAGAAGAAGAAAGAGAUGCAUAUGAAGAGCUGCUAACUCAAGCAGAAAUCCAGGGCAAUAUCAAUACAGUCAACAGGCAGGCUGCGGUGGAUCACAUCAAUGCUGUCAUUCAGGAAGGUGACCCUGAAAAUACGCUACUUGCACUGAAGAAACCAGAGGCCCAGCUACCUGCCGUCUAUCCCUUUGCUGCUGCUAUGUACCAGAAUGAACUCCUCAACCUCCAGAAACAGAACGCCAUGAACUACUUGGCCCAUGAGGAGCUCUGGAUUGCAGUAGAAAUGCUGUCUGCUGUUGCUUUGCUGAACCAAGCCUUGGAAAGCAACGAUCUUACAUCUGUGCAGAAUCAACUCAGAAGCCCCACAAUAGGUGUCAACAAUCUGGAUGAGGCAUACGUGGAACGUUAUGCAAAUGCACUACUCACCCUUAAACUAGAAGCCUUGUCCCAAGGGCAAGAUAAAUUAAGCUGGAAUGAAAUUCAGAAUUGUAUCGAUAUGAUUAAUACUCAGAUUCAAGAAGAAAAUGAUCGAAUCAUAGCUAUAGGAUACAUCAAUGAAGCUAUAGAUGAAGGGGAUCCUUUUAAGACACUAGAAACCUUGAUGUUACCGACUGCUAAGAUCAGAGAUGUGGACCCAGGCCAUGCUCUGCACUACCAGGAUGUUUUGUACCGUGCAAAGUCACAGAAGCUCAGGGAUACCGAGAGCGUUUCUAAAGUUCUUUGGCUGGAUGAGAUACAGCAAGCCAUCGAUGAGGCCAACACACACCAGGACAGAGCAAAUCAAUGGGUUACUCUGGUGAUUGACGUCAAUCAGUGUUUGGAUAGAAAUCAACCAGGUGACAUUUUGUCUGUGUUGACUUCUGCUAGUAAUACGCAAGACAUAAUUCCUGAAUGUGCCGACAGGUACUAUGGCCUUGUGAAAGCCAAGCGGUCCAAAUCUGAAAAUGUUUUUAAUGAAGGUCCAUGGAUCAAAUUCAACUUGCAGGAGAACUAUGACUACUAUUACAACAUCGAUUCUAAAGAGAGUUCCUGGGUCCUACCUGAAUCAUUCUUGCCUAAAGAAUCGUGGCUCACAGGAAAAGAAAUUGAGGUAAUAAGAGAACAGUGACAAGGGAUACCUCUCUGUGACCAUGGCUUUAUUAGAUCUGAAUGGUUACUUUCUUAGAACACAGAAUUAAGGAACCAGAUGCUUCUUAGAAGUUUCCUGAAGCAAAAGCUAUAAGCAGAUGGUAAGGCAGAUAUUACCAGAAUGGCUUUCUUUGUGGGGUUUUUCUUUGUUUUGUGGAA